AUGGGUGGAAUUCAUUCAAAUCAGAUCCUUCUACAAACCUAUGAUGAAAACAAUACCGUUAAUAAUGGUAAUCAAAAUAACAAUGUUGGUCCUACCAGUAUUCUUGCAUUACAAUCGAAUGAUAACAAUAAUGUGUCGUUAGAUGAUCAAAGAACGUUUAGUACAUCAACUUCAACAGUUGCAGGUUCUAGCGCACCGCCGACGAAUAAUACCGUGGGUGGUGGUCAAAUAUUUCAUAUUCAAUCUAGUGAUUUAUUAAAUAGUAGUGGUGGUAACGAGUUAAUAAAUUUAAAUGGUGGACAAAUUUUUUUACAAUCGAUCAAACGAUUAGAUAAUUCAACAACACCAAUUUUAUUGUACGCCACAACAACUGCGUCAAAUAACAAUAAUCAAACUGUUUUAAAUAAUACGAGUAGUGAUAAUGCAGCAACAACUCAUUUGGAUAACGGUACUGGCGGACAUCAUAUUUUAUUGACUACUUCCUCAAGUGCACCACCUUCGUCGUCAGCGUCUUCGAAUGUAUUGGAACAUCAUUCGCAUCAUGAUUCAACACAAACAACUACCCAAACAGCAGCAACGGUUCUUGUUGAAGAUGAUUCGAUAAUUCAACAAGAUUUAGCCGCGAGCGGAAGUGUUGGUGCAGGGAAUGACGUUAUUCAACAACAAAAUACUUUGAAUAACAAUAACACAGUGGCUAUGGGUCAACGAACAAAUUCGUCAUUUGCACCAUUAGGAUCAGUGGCGGGUUUCGGGCGUCAUCAUCAAAGUGGAGGGGGCAGUGGAGGAGGUGGAGCACACAGUGGUGCUAGCGGUGGACAGCAUCAAGCCACUGCUGCGGUUCUUUAUCAGCAACACGGGCAAGUGCUCAGCUAUCAACAAGCGACGGCCCGUGGCCAUAUGGCAGCUGCGGGCCUUUCAGCACAACAUGCCAAUAAUAGUGGACAUCAUAUAGCAACAAUGUCAACGCAUUCAUCAGCUAUGCCGCUUAAUGCCAGAGUUGUUGUGCUAAAAAGUAUUGUUAUUGAUAUUAUUUAA